CGGCGAAAGACUCUCCCACUGUGGGAGCGACGUCUCCAAAAGCUCAAAGUCCUGGAAGUGUAAUGGUCGGCCCUUCGGCUCCCGCCUCCAUCUCUGCCACGACGGCAAAGCAGGCCAUUCCAAGUGCCACGACUCCUGCUCAGAGCAGCCUCUCGACCGGGGCGUCCGUACAGAAAUCCACGUCGAAGGAUGGAAGCACCGCCACCUCGAACGCACCAGCGACGUCGCCCUUGGGGGCCAGCACAGUGAAGGCCACGUCACCGGCUGUGGCCUCGACCGCCACGACUGCCGCCAGCCGCGGGGCUCCCCCCCCAACAGGCGUAACUGUCCCGCUGCCAGUGCAAGCAACGACCCUUCAACAGCCCCCUUCAACAGCCGGCAUUGCAUCAGGGCCAACGCCCACCGGCGGAACGUUGGCAAAGUCAGCGGCAAAUACUUCUCCGGCCCAGAAGACAACUGAACUCCCCACAGAGAAACCAACAGCAAGCACAGCCCCAUCUCAAGGAUCCAGCACAACGAAGCAAGGAAGCGUCGCCGUCGACCAGAACACCGCUGCCACCACAAACAGGCCGUCUACAGGCAGCUCCGGGGGAUCCGGGCCUCCAACCACACCCGCAGCGAGGCAGACGACGCCUUCCAACGUUACGCGGCCGGCCACAGACACAAAACCUGCAGGAGCGCCUGGGUCUACGGUCCACCCAUCAGCCGGCCAACCCUCACCCUCCAGCCCCGGGGUCCCGGUCACGACGACAGCGACCGAGGCCCGCCCACCACAGGAAGGUUCUCCCCCUGGCGGCCAAGGCGAUCACGCGGGGUUCCUGACCCAGACCCAGCUCCUGUGUGAGGAAGAGAUGCCUUCAGCAGCCCAGAACGUCAUUCUGUCCCUCAGCCAGGCCGUGCCGUGUGAAAACUUGAUCAAGAGCCCUCUGGGAGAACCGCUGCUGGACAUGGUCUGCAAAACCCUGAAGCCCAACUUCAACCGAAGUCGAGACCACUGCCUGGUGAGGCUGGCCUCUAUCACGGGCGAUCCCAACGCCGUGGCUAUUGUCAACGUAUCCGUGCAAAUAAAUUCGGUGGCUGAUGAGCUGUUUGAAUCUCUGAAAAUCAAGGAAGGAGAAUUAAAGAAGCUCGGAGUGAAUGUCAGUUACGCCGGCCAGUACGCGGACAUGGACAGCGAGGACCGCUUCAGUAUGCCCUUGAUCAUCACCAUUGUCUGCAUGGCGGCCUCGCUUCUCCUCGUGGCCGCCAUCUACGGCUGCUGCCACCAACGCAUCUCUCAGAGGAAGGACCAGCAACGUCUGACGGAAGAGCUGCAGACCAUGGAGAACGGCUACCACGACAACCCCACCUUGGAGGUGAUGGAGACCUCCUCAGAGAUGCAGGAAAAGAAGGUCAACCUGAACGGGGAGCUGGGGGACAGCUGGAUCGUCCCGAUGGACAGCCUGACGAAAGAAGAUCAGGAGGAGGAGGAGGACACACAUUUAUAAUUUCCAAAAAAAACCC